UACUAACGAAGACUACUAAGAGCACUGAUAAUGGAAACGGCAAAUUCCAAGAAGAAAAUGAAUGCAAUUUAAGUAAUGGUGAAAUUUCUAUCAUAUCUUCAGAAAGUGCUUAUGAGAGAGCUAAUGCAUUUGAUUCAAAAUUCAUCAUGUAUACGACAUCGCCUAGUCCUUUAGAUGAAGAUUUGAUGUCCAUAUCGGCAAGUUUAGCUGAUGGAGAAUACACAGUUUUUGAUCGCAUUACAUAUUUAGGUUGUGCUGUGAUCAGUGAUCCAAAGAAUGAAACUGAGAUUAAGAAAAGUAUGUCUGUUCUAAAUGGGCAGUCAUCAGCUAAGGUUCUCAGUAUUUCCCUUUCAUUACCAGUGAAUUCUGAAGGUUAUAUUAUUUUAUAUGAACCAAGUUCAUCAAAUGAAAUUGCAAGUUUUCCAAUACUUCAAAUUAGUGCACAUGUUAUUGGUGAAACACAGUCUGCAGAGGCCAACUGUUUAGCUUUGGUUCACAACUGUAGCCAGGGUACUAUUCCAGAAUCAACAGUUUUUCAGUGUCAUGUGUUUCGAUGUGAAAUUCCUGAAGCUGUAUCCAAAAUUAUGCAAUGUUUCACUGCAGCUGUAAAGAAAAUACCCAAGUUGCCCAUACCAAAGUCUGAGUCUUUUGAAACAAUGCAAGGAGGCUCUGAAUCUGUAAAUAAAAGUAAUAUUUUAACAUACAUCUUUGAUGGAUCCUUAGAAUUUAGAGAAGAUGAUUCUAAGGGUGGUUAUUCAUCCUGCCCCAAAGAUAAAGACUACUUUAAAUUGCGAUGUAAACUUGAGAAAAGUGUUACUCUAACAGUUCAACAGGUUUCUGAUAAUAAGGAACUUGUUAUUGAUAGAUGUUUCGGAUUGCUUAUAUCGCCUGGGAGGAAUGUCCGUAAUAGUGAUAUGCAGCUUAUAGAAAUGAUUUCCUUUACUAAACCAGCUCCUGGAGAGAAACCAUUGUAUACUAUCAUGGGACUUUGGGAUCCAAAUGAGCCAGUUUUUGAAAUUUUGAAUACAGAGACACCAAAAGACACUAGAGUGUACAUGACUGUUGCUGCAGAUCUGGUAAUAGCAGGCAUUCAGGAGCCUGUAAGAUUUGUUAUUGAAACUAAAGCGAAAAUUUUCCCUCCAUCUGAAAGGUUUUGGUAUUUCUCAAAGAAAACAUUAUAUGAGCAGUUUUACCUUACAGUCAGAGAGAUUGGUGUAGAUACUAAUGGUGAUCAUUCAUUGCAAGUUGUGAGUGUAACAAGCACAACAAAACUUCAAAACAAAAAGCAGCUCUUAGUUUAAAUAUUGUAAAUUCAGCUUCCAAGUCCACUAAUGUGCCAACUCCAUCUAGUCCUGAAGAUCCUGAUACACCAUCUGAUAACGAUGAACCACUUUUGAGUGGUACAGGAGGAGUAAGCAAAGAUUGUACAGCAACAGAGCUAGAAGGUUGGUCUGAAGUUCUUUUGAAGUGGAGGCAGAACUUAUCACAGAGGCCAAAGCAUUUAUCUAGUCUUGUAAGGCGUGGUAUUCCUGAAGCUUUACGGGGAGAAGUCUGGCAACUUUUGGCUGGUUGUCAUGAUCAGAAGGAAAUAAUUGAUACAUAUAAAUCUCUCAUAAAUAAGGUAAAU